AUGCUUCAGUGCUCAUCCAAUCUUUUUUUAGGUCAACAAACUAACACCUGCUCACAACAUCCAGGCAUUAAUCCACCGGAUGAUGGAAAGAACAGCUCUAGGCCUCCAGCUACCAACAUUAGAGAUCUGUUUCUAUCAUUUGACAAAGGUUUGAGCCUUGCUUCCUAGUUAUUUGCAAGACAGAAUUAUAGUGGUGUUGUUAAACUUGCAAAAUGUGUUUGUAAUGAUAAUACAGGGGUUUGUUUUGUCAGCUAUCUGUGGCUACAUUGGUCUGACUGCUCUUUGCAGGGUUCAAAAAGUUGGCCACUCAGCUUCUGUUUUCACAACAUCAGCAUAUGAUUUAGAUCAAGCAUUAAAGCUAGAAAAUCUCUUUGAAUCUCUAGUUCCAAUAGUUCUCAGUAGCAGUCAUGCAUCAGCAGCACAAAAAUCCACAUGCCUGGUUCAGGAUGGAGAUCGCUACAUAUUUUUAGUGGAGGACAACAAGACCUCUAAAGCUAGCUCACUCUGUCAGGGAUCUGGCACUAGGAAUACAAAGCCCUCUGAUGAAGAGUCAGAGAAUCCAGAGCAGGAUGAAGAAGGAGAAGAUACUGGUGAGUUAAUAAUGGUAAUAGGACCAAGUGGAGUCCAAUUUGGUCUGUAAUUGCACAGGUGAUUAACAAAAUUGAAUGAUCAUGAAGUAGGAGUUUGAUUUGUUAAUCACAAGUAUGAUUACAGACAGAAUUGGAAGACAUGAAAUCCUGUUACAAAUUAAUCAAAACUAUGACAAAAUUUAAGACAGAAACUAGACAUCAGACAUUUAUAGUACAAAUCCCAUUCAAAUUGGGUUGUGAACAGCGAAAAACACCCUCAAACAGGAAAUGUUAAUCAAAUCUAGUGUGUAAAAAAUUGGAAAUGUUAUGCAAAUCCAGUGUAACAAGUUAAAUAACAUUUAUUAUAUGGUUACACUGGAUUUGCAUAAAAUUUCCUGUUUGGAGAUGUUUUUUGCUGUUCACACCCAAUUUGAAUGUGAUUUGUACUGUAAGCAUCCAUUAUAUUAGUAGUUCAAUUUUGUUCAUCUUGUUAAAUCCCUGAUGAAGUCUGUGUGAUCAGAUGAAACUGGUCAAAUAUUAAACUAAGUUGACAAGAUCUGUUGCUGUGUGCUACUCAUUGUUUUUUUAUUUUUAAAAAGAUUUAAAAAAAUUUAACAAAACCACAGUUAAUAUAAUGUAAUGUGAGAAAACAGCACACACACAUGACACAUUCUGUCCACUUACACAGGCAUGAUAUGUUAACUGGGCCUUUAACUGUCCUAUUACACUGUCCAAUUACAAGUAUGACACUUACACUGUCCAAUUUGUGCUAAAAUCAGGCUGGUGAUAACCAAUCACUUAAAGAAUUUUGUUAUAGCUUUUAUUAGAGUGGUUUGUGUACGGGGUCUACUAAGACCUUUCACUUUUAAGAACAACCAAAACAGACUAUCUCCAUACAAUAACAGUGUAUUUCCAAGCAAAAGGUUGAUGAUAGGAAGAGAAAAAAAGCAACCAGUGUGCAUUGUAUGAUUUUGUGCAGAAAAUUGAUUUUUAGGUCUUGGGAGUUAAAGGGUUCACAAAGUUUUAUAUGAGCAUGUGAUGUGUAUCUAAUUUCUCCUUUCAAAAUCCCCACUGAAUCACACAUUGAGGUCAUAAGAAUAAGUAAAAUGAUCACCAACUGAAACAGCUUUUGAUCUUUAAAUAAAUUCUCAUUGGAAAAGGAGAUCAGUAUGGAGAAUAUACAAAUUAAAGCAAAGGAAAAGAUAUGUCUCUCAAAUACCUAUAGUUUAUGUACUGUUUUCUCUAAAAAAAAAUACUGCAUGUUUGUAGCUUGAUAAGUGAGUUUUCAAAAGGUGUUGUGGCUAGUAAGUGAGUGAAUAAAAUUAAACAUUCCUUGAAUGACAUCAAAAUGCAUUCUUUAGAAUUUUCUGAUGGAGGAUCUGAGGCAUCACUUGAAGAUGUGCGUCAGCAUCAUGGAAUAAUCAAGACUCAGAAACAAGAUGAUCCAGAUUAUUUGACAUUGUUUGAAGCUCAUCAGAGGAGAUUAGAGGAUGGUGGCUCACAAGCACCAGGUCAGGGGUACUAA